GCGCAGCGUGUACAACGAGUCCUCCCAGACCUCGAACCACGGGCAGUACGUCCUGGUGACUGUUCCGAGACUCAACCGCAAGCCAGACGGAAUGUGGUAUAACAUGACAGACAGACGUGGUCGGCGCGUGGGAUCUGCUGGUGGGGGUUGCCAGGGGCGACGCGGCCGACGCCUCGGAGGCACGCGAGGAUCUGGAAGGAGUUGGUAUGGAUCCGGCCAUUCCUGCCGGACAGGGCGCCAUAAGGCGGGGGGAUGCGGGGCGAGGAGGCGGCGCGGAGGAGGGAGCACCGCCCCCCCGCCGCAGCUUCUCGGCGAGCGGGGAGGAUGCCGGCCAACAGCGCCUCAUAGCGACCGCGGGGGGAGACGCCCCUCCGCCGCGGCACAGCCUGGAAGGGCGCCGCGAGCCUCAACAGCAACGUAUAAGGAGGGGUGUUGCGCCGAGGCCUCCGCCCCCCGCACGUCCCCGCUACGCCGGGGGAGCGUCGGGCUCGCAACAGCGGGACAUGAGCGAGGAGGACUUCCCCGAGGAGAGCGGGGCCGGGAGGGGGCCGGGAGGGGCGAGGGGGGCGGAAGGAGAGCGGGAAGGAGAGCGGGAGGACCGGGAAGAGAGGGAGACGGAGAGGGAGAGGAAGCGGACGGCCGGAGUCACUGACCAGGCCACGUUCAGACACGACCUGGUGGACGUCACGCGGCAGAUCCUGCAGGUCACUGGAGGACAGAUGGUUAUGAAAAUGAUCGACCACUACAAUAACAAAGUCCUGCUAGCUGUACAGUGAGUAUCUUUACGUAAGGCAUGAAAAAAAACUUAAAAUAUA